CGGUUGAACAUCUUUCUAUUUGCUGUAGCGCAAGUCUUCUUACCAUGUUCGCGAUACUAUCUAUUUCCAAAAAUGCCCCCCCGUUGUUGCACACUUCAACUCCUGAUUGCUAGCUACAACACAGCGUGUUUCAGUUCAACAUGGUGGACAGUGAUCCACUAGUUCCCGUCCAACAAUCGGUCUAGUAUCCAAAACUAUGGGACACAAAGCUCUCUUACGAAUUUCCUCCAAACACAUCGGCAUAAAAAGAUUGACCAUCAGUACACACGAAUACCUCCUCUCUCUUAUUCCUCACGAAGACCGAAAAGAUGCAACGCAUGACGCCCCCAUACAUCCCAGCACCUCCAAGCCAAAUAACACGCAUAUCACCCCAGCGCUUCUUAAACCACGUCCUCCUUUCCGUUGUAGCAACCCUUAUCCCGCAACUCCUUCACCUCCUCCUCCACGUCCCCCUAACCCAUCUCUCCCUAGCCGACUUCAUCAUCAUCCUCCUCCUAUCCUUCAACCCCACAAACAUCCUCAGUCUCGCCUUCCGCCUUUUCUUCCUCGACCUGGGCACUCGCGACCCCCUCCGCAGUGCAUCCUACGGCCUCGCCGUCUCAUCUAUCGUCGCCACGCUACACGGCGUCACUCUACUGCUUGGUCGAGUGGUGGGUUUACAGCGCGCCAGCAUGCUGCCGUGCAUUUUUGCCGCUAA